AUGGCACACAUCUCCCUUCUUCUCACUCUCUUCUUCUUCUCCACACUCCCACCACUCUCUCUCUCCAAACCCGACACGACAGCCACUACUCUCUCUCUCCUCAUGACCAUCAAAUCCUCCUUAGACCCUCUAAACCAGGUUCUUACAUCAUGGCACCCCCGAGCUCCUCCAUGCAGCAGCACCGCCGGCGGCUUUGAAGGGGUAGCCUGCGACGUCGGUGGCCACGUGGUCAACAUCUCGCUUCAGGGAAAGGGGCUUUCCGGCGAGAUACCGCCGGAGAUCGGCCGCCUCAGUGGCUUGACCGGCCUGUACCUGCAUUUCAACAAGCUUCAGGGGGUUGUACCCAAGGAGAUUGCGAAUCUCACCGACCUCACCGAUUUGUACCUCGACGUUAACGAUCUUUCUGGUCAAAUUCCCCCUGAGAUUGGUCAAAUGCCCAAUCUUCAAGUGCUGCAACUCGGUUACAACAGAUUGAAUGGAAGCAUUCCCACAAAUCUUGGCCAUCUCAAGAAGCUCACUGUUCUUUCAUUACAGUCGAACCAGUUGACCGGCGCAAUCCCGGCGAGCCUUGGUGAUUUGGACAGCUUAACAAGGUUGGAUUUGAGCUUCAACACCCUUUUUGGCUCAAUCCCAUCAAAAUUGGCUGAUCUACCUCUGCUCAAGGUUCUCGACGUCCGUAACAACACACUCUCCGGCGACGUUCCUCUUGUUCUGCAGAGACUGAAUGAAGGUUUCCAGUUCGCUAAUAACACGGGAUUAUGCGGAAACGCAUUUCCUUCUCUGCAAAACUGCACUCUCUCUAAUCAGGACAUGACCAAACCUGAAUCUUCCGGGCCUUACCUGGGCCGUCUGCCCUCUAAACAAAUUCCCGAGUCGGCGAACAUAUCAAACGCUCUCAACGGGGCCAAGAAACCCAAAUUGGGACCCACAUCAGUACACUUAAUAUCUGUGCUGAUUAUAGUUCUCAUCCUCGCCGGGCUUUUCGCGUUUUUAUACUACCGUCGUUCGAAGCAAAAGGUUGGGUGUGCAUCCGAAACCGGUGUCAAUCGGCCGAGCGUAGAUAAAAACGUGCUGCAGACAAAGGCCAGCCGAAGCUCGUCCCCUCUGGUGGGCCUCGGGUGCUCGAGUGGGUGGGACUUGGUGGCCAAGCGGGAGGACCCGAGCACCUUCUCGCAGGAGGUUCUCGAGAGCUACAUGUACAACCUGGAUGAGGUCGAGAGGGCGACCAGCCACUUCUCGGAUGUGAACUUGUUGGGAAAGAGCGGAUUUUCGGCUAUGUAUAAAGGGAUUCUGCGAGACGGCACUUUGGUUGCUGUCAAGUGCAUCUCCAAGGUCAGUUGCAAUAGUGACGAGGAUAAGUUUUUCAAAGGUCUGAAGCUCUUGACGUCCUUAAGACACGAGAAUCUCGUGAGGCUGAGAGGGUUUUGCUGCUCGAGAGGCAGGGGUGAGUGUUUUCUCAUUUACGAGUUUGUCCCCAAUGGAAACUUGUUGCAGUAUCUUGACUUGAAGGAUGGUAGGAGAAGGGUUGUUCUUGACUGGCCGACCAGGAAGUCUAUAAUCAGAGGAAUAGCACGAGGUAUUGAGUACUUGCAUGGGAACAAGCACGGGAAGCCCACAUUGGUCCACAGGAACAUAUCGGCUGAGAAGAUACUAAUCGAUCAACAAUACAACCCUCACCUCUCGGAUUCGGGCAUUCACAAGCUGCUGGCAGACGACAUAAUCUACUCGGCCCUCAAGACCAGUGCUGCCAUGGGUUACCUGGCUCCAGAGUACACAAGCACUGGCAAAUUCACGGAAAAAAGUGACAUAUACGCAUUCGGGAUGAUCAUAUUCCAAAUCCUGUCGGGCAAAAGUCGAGUCACGCAGCUAAACUGCCAUGGUGCAGAGAUUUCAAGAUUCCAAGACUUUAUCGAUUCAAAUCUUGACGGGAAGUUCGAGGAGUCUGAGGCGGCUAGGCUGGGCGAGGUUGCUCUUUCGUGCACGCACGAAAAUCCCGAUCAGAGGCCUGAUAUCAGGACCUUAAUGGGGGAACUGGAUGAUAUCUGUUCAGAUUCUUCAUGA